AUGUGUCAAGCAUUAAAUGGAGUAGCAAUCAGCGGUAAUGGAUGGAAUAACAAUUUUACUAAAUGCAAGAUUCACGAAUGCAACAAACCAGUUUUUGUUGAUAAAUACGGACAUCAACAUCCAUAUUGUGGAAGAACUUGUGCAAAAAAAGAUACGGUUGCAACAAAAAGCCCUGAAAAUAAUCAAAAAACGAACCAACAUUCAUUCAUUCCAUCGUCGCCACCAAUUGAUUCGAUCAAACAAUUGCCAGAAAGUCCAACAACAAUUGGGGAUAAUUUAUCAUCUUCUUCCUCUACACCCCGUCAUUUUUCUGACCAAAGUCCCUCAAAUUAUUCUACUCCAUCUACUGAAACGCUUGCUUCAGAAGGGUUAGCUGGUGAUAACGAUAUUGAAGAUUUUGUUUUACUCGGGGACGAGGAAAAAUGA